GACUCGGAAACUACUCCGCCUUUGCAUAUUUACAUUCCCAUUAAGGAAUGUAAAUGCACCCCGCUUGUUCUAUAAGUAUAGUGUUUAGCUUCAAAACAAACAACUAGUUUCUCAAGGCGAUACGAAUUUUUUGUUUCCUUUGCUUUUAAGUCUGUUCGCUCUUUACCUUCUUUUGCAUCUGUAAGUAAUUAUGCCCUGGUUAUCACGCAACAGCAGCUCCAUGAACUCCGUUGGAGACAUGAUGGCCGUUCAACCACCACCUGUUUUACCGGCACGGAUACCAUCAUCAUCUCCAGCGGCAGUCACAGUCAUUCCUUCGAUCAUUGAUCCUACAUGCGGCACAUCACCUGCCCAAUACCGUCAUUCGACAAUGGAAGCUCUGCGGAGUUCCAUGCAAAUACUUUCUCGCAAUUUGUAUUGUAUUCCCCAGAUGAUGGGAUCUUUCACUUUCAAUGUUGCCCAGACGAUCCCUAAGAGUUCAGGAAGGGAUAUUUAUGAAAUGGGCAUUCAGUGUAUGUUAUGUAUCAUAGAGUGUUGGGCAAUGUUUAUGGUCAUACCGGCAUUUUUGACAAUGCCUGGAGCAGUGUUCAUGAUGUGUUGUGCAGCUAUGUGGGGAGCUGUCAUGGGAAUGUCAUGGCAAUUGAGAAAAAACGAUAGAAUUUGUGAAAGUACAAUGCCCGUGGGAGACUUUGGGGACGAGAAGUGGAUUUUUGUUAAUGGUGCUUGCACGAGGUUAGUAAAAGUUUCCUCUAGGGAAGCUAUACGGAUGGAUUGUGCAUAGUACUAAUAUUGGAACAGCUACACUCAGAUGAUACAUCACCUCACUCGCUUGAGCAUUAUUUUUCACCGCCGCAUAACCGGAAUUCACAAUCGCACCUUAGGGCUUCCUCUCGACCUUCUGCUACACUUCCUCUCUAUAACUAUGCCUGUCCACCGCAGUCUCUAUUCACAACUACGCGAGAGUCUCUUGACACCUAGUAUUCGGAAAGUCGUCAUCCUGUCGCAUUCAACCGGGUCCAAGGUCGUCUCUGAUAUUCUCGACCAACUGCACGCCGAUUUACCACCAACUUUGAUGGCGAAAUUGGAGAUUUACACUUUUGGAGCCGCGGGUGGAUCAUUCUCAAAUCCAUUGCUCAAUUCGCUAUGUAUGGAACUUGAUGCUCUUGGAGAAAACGAUAAUGCGAACAUGAAAGCAUCUUGUGAACGUGUGAUACCCGUAAGCCUUUUGUUUCCAUCCCCUUUUAAAUGCAUUAUUAAUCAUGAGAAUAGCAUAUUGAACAUUAUCUUCCUCUUACUUCUUCUCCUCUAUCUACUAUGUCGAUUUUACAUCCCGUUUUACACACUCUAGACUCACGGUUUUGUGGUAGAAUGUUUAUAAUGAAUGGAUUUCAACCAGUGUUGUUUGAACAAUAUUUGGAUAUCAUGUUCACUUGGCGGAAAUCUGCAACCGCAGUCGAUGGAUCUGAACGGCGAGGUUUUUGGGAUGAAAUAGUCAGAGUUGAUAGUGACACUGCUGAGAAGAGAGAGUUUACAGCAGGAGCAAGAGGUGCGGUGGGAAUGGGAAGUGGAGAGAGAAGAUGGAGCGGGAUGGUGCAGAUGGAGAAGGAGGGGAAGAGAAGACCGGGUAGUUGGAACUGGUCGAAGAUGGGGAUGGAUGGGGUAGGGAUGGCGAGAAGGGAGGCGAGGGCUUUGGAAGGAAAGAGAAUGAGGGAGGUAGGGAGAUUGGGUGGUUAUGAGGGCGGUGGAAGGCUGAGUGUUGCUUGGUUUGAGGGAAAAGGUAUGAUGGGGUUGGGGAAGGGGAUGGGGAAUGGUGCGUUGGGGAUGUGAGAGGGUAUGAUGGUUUGAUGCUUGCUGAGGAGAGUGAUGGUGACAUGGAGGGUUGGGAUAGAGUGGCUGUUGAUAGUUGCGGAGGCUUCAACAAUUCUAAAGUGGGAGUUGAUGAAACUAAUGGAGGGAGUUUGACGAUUAAGGAGGAUGAGGAAGAAAGAGAAAGCCACGCCGAUUUGGAUAUGUUAGUAGCAGUAUGGCUUUAAUAGGUUCUGUUCUUACUUUUUAUAGCUUUUUAAUACUAGAGAGUUGUGGAUUUGUAGUUUAAUUUUCUAACAGUGACACAUCUAAUACAGUGCUCUGAGAUUAAAUAUUCAAGCUUGUUGCGGUGUCAAAUCUUAGAAGAAAGAGCUAGGUAUAUGCCACAUCACACUAUCUUGCUGGUAUCAAUAAUGCUUCAACUUGCAAUAG